AUGGUGGCUUUGACGGAUCCCGAAACCGACUUUUCCGGGGCUCUGAGACACUCUUCAGUACUCGGAAUGUCGCCGGGAGAGGAGUAUCAAUCCAGCAGCAGUUUUGAAUCGAGCGAGUUUCUCAAAAUGCCGGUGGACAAUUCACUCAUGUCGGACAAUAUGGGAAAUCAAGGCUUGUACAAAGGAACCGUCAUGAAAAAGACGGGCAAGCCGCACGGCAAAGGAACAAUGGCUUACUCAACCUGUGACUUGAUAUAUUCAGGACAAUGGGUGGAGGGAGAUUGGUCAGGCUUUGGCAAGCUUACGGACACUUCCACAGGAAUGGAAUACGAAGGAGGCUUUUUGGAUAAUCGCAAACACGGACUUGGUGUCAUUACUUAUCAAGAUGGAAGAGUAUACGAUGCCUCCUUUCAACUGGGGAAAAUGUGUCACAAAGGACAUUUGACAUGGCCGGAUGGCUGCAAAUAUUGGGGCAACUGGAACGAUGAUGGAGUUCCGCACGGAAGAGGAAAGAAGGACUUUACGGAUGGUUCCAGUUACGAUGGAGAAUUUGAUAAUGGUGUCUUUCAAGGCCACGGACGAAUGACUUAUCCAGACGGAUCAUGGCAUUUGGGGGAAUGGCAAGAUGGUGUAGCGAAUGGAUUGGGAAUGCGAGUGCGAAAAGAUGGAAAACUCGUUCACGAAGGAAUGUAUUGUCACGGAAAUUCACUUACGGUAUCUUCAUUACCACCUGAAUAUCAAGAAAAGUCAUCAGGGGAAUUCCUUCUCUAUAGAUCAAGCGUAACAGAUGGAAGGACACUGGAGGGGCCACUGCCGAAUGACAUUACAAUGAGAAAACUACAAUUCAAGUGCUGA